AUUUUUUUUGACGAUUCCGGGUCUCCUGCCAAUUUAAACUCCGUUCUCCAGGCCCCUCACAACGAGUUUCUUGUGAGGGGUCGGUUACAGGCCUAGAUAAAGAUAAAAGACAACUCCCCUGUGCGCCUCAGUUUCAUCGCCCACCAUGAUCGCUGUGCACACGGCAGUUGCAGAAGAUCACGACGACCCUAAGCCUCUCUGGAUUCGAGACUCAACCACCCGGACGACCACCUCGAUCUAUCAAUUAUUCAAGGAGUUGGUUCCAAACAGCUCUGGCGAACAGCCUCCUUGCGAUGGAUGUGGUUCCGGAGAGGAGAUUGAAGUGAGGGGAGAGCCUGUCGUUCAAGAGUUCAGCACAUACGUCGUAGACCAAUGCAUAAUUGACCUAUUUCGCGCGAAGAUGGCUAGUCUCAGAUACCGCGAGGUUGAGAUCCCCCAGUCAGCCGAUUCGAUAUCUUCCUUCGAACUCAAGUACAUCAUUCCGGUGGCCGAAGUGUUUAGACGCCACGUAUUUUGCGAGGAAAAGGGUUUUUCGUCCAGUGAUUUUGGGUACAAGAAAUCAACUUGGCCACCUAAAACACAGGACCGAAAUCGAGCCCUCUCCACUCUACCCCUGCUCUCUCCCAGUAGGGGCGAGCUAUUUACCUUUCAGUACUAUCCUCUCGAACCUGCUGCCGAACCUAAGCCUUUGGCAUCUGUCAUUGUCCUGCCCACGGGCUCCGUGUGCUGGAACGAUUUCCAACGCCUUUUCCGCGAGGAGAGCGAUAAAUGGUUUACAUGUCGAAAAAACCUGCCAUUGCUCGAACGUCUCGAUGAUUUCUGGCAUUCGGCAGAGUCAUACAUCGUGUUGACCGACGAGUUCAAUGUAGAGAUCAUUCACAAUUUCUCUCACAUAGCCUCUUCUCUCGGUAUCUGUGGUUGGUCUGCUCCCCUCAGUGACAACUUGACCCUCAACUGUGCGAUCGGGGCCGCAUUAGACAACGCCACCCCAUGGAGGUAUCGCUACGGUGCCAUGUCACCCAUCUACCAUGUGCAAGGUGCUCUCAAUUGCACAGACCCUUCACUGCCGACCUCACCGAUUGCCAUGAACGAAUGCCCAACAUGUUUCCUCGAUUUUGACCUUUUCACCAUGCAACGCCAUCCACCAGACUUCGACUCCUUCCUUGAUUGGAAAGAAUCAAUCGAGGAAGAGGUGCUCUCGCAACCACUGAACGUAGGUGAUGAACUUAUCAUCUGCCCGGAUGGUUUCAUCAAAAGGUCAUCCUUGCUGCCUUGCUUUCUGCCCCUCGAAAAACCAUCCUCUUCGACCCUAGAAGCGAUCAUGAAGCGUCCUCGAUCUCGGCACGUGGACGUUGAUCACAUCCUGACACAGGUGGAACACUUCACCUCUUUGUCACUAAGGUCGUCAGAUCUGGGCUCAACAAAUUUUCCCAAAUAGUUUUUGGUCGUUUAAGGUGGACGUCUGUAGAUGGAAAAGAGACCUCGGAAACCGAGAAUACGGUAUGCCUGAAGAUGUUUGAUGAAGCCCUAUUUCCUGUGCCUAGCUACGAAGCGUUCGAGGAUGAUCAUGAUUGCGAUAUCUUUUCCGACUCUAUACAUCCUAAUGAACGCCUCCUCAAUCUGCAUUUUGCUGACGACAUGAUGCGUCGGGAAUACGCUGUUUAUAACAGGCUCGAAUAUUUGCAGGGCACACUGUUACCGCACGCCUAUGGAUUUCACGAGGUGACUCUCCCCACUGGAAGAAUGGUCAAUGGAUUCAUAAUGGAGAUUGCAAUCGGACAUACUCUAGGAUCACUUCCUUGAGAGACAUGGCCAGAGAGUGCCCAGACGCAAUUGGUUCGCCGUUUGCGUCAAGGACAUUCCGCGCUGCGUUAUGGCGGCGUUGAUAAGGGCGAUUGGCACCUCGACCAAAUAAUACUCAAGCCGGUCUCGUCAGGAACGACGUCUGAGGACAUAUCUGAAUUCGACAUUGUGUUCAUCGAUUUUGGCUUCACGCAAAUGCGUCAAGGAAUUGUACACGGCUUUCGGAUAGCUGAAAUGUUCACAAGGAGAGACGAUCUUAAACUUUCGUUAUUGCAUUCCGAGACCAUCCCACGUUCUGUUGUGGUUGAGAACUGGCCAGAAUUUGAUGAUUGCGAGCGUUGAUCGAUAUCAGAUCUUCCCUUCUAUAGUGACAUCUUUGUUACGAGUCGUACUUCACUAGCCAGGUCAAACCACUGAUACCUUUGUGUGAAAAA